AUGGCUCCAAUCGAAUACUUAUUAUUUGAAGAACCAACUGGUUACGCUGUUUUCAAGGUCAAGUUGCAACAAGACGAUAUUGGAUCUAGAUUACAAGAAGUUCAACAACAGAUCAAUGAAUUCGGCUCAUUCACUAAGUUGGUCGAAUUAGUCUCUUUUGCUCCUUUCAAAGGUGCUGCUGAAGCUUUGGAAAAUGCUAACGACAUCUCUGAAGGUUUGGUCUCCGACAGCUUGAAAGCCGUCUUGGACUUGAACUUACCAAAAGGUUCUGAGAAAAAAUCUGUUGUUAUGGCUAUUUCUGAUAAGAACUUGGGUCCUUCCAUCAAAGAAGUUUUCCCAUACGUUGACUGUAUCUCAAAUGAAUUAGCUCAAGAUUUGAUCCGUGGUGUUAGAUUGCAUGGUGAAAAACUAUUGAAAGGUUUACAAUCCGGUGAUUUAGAAAGAGCUCAAUUGGGUUUGGGUCACGCUUACUCAAGAGCUAAAGUUAAGUUCUCCGUCCAAAAGAACGAUAACCAUAUCAUUCAAGCUAUUGCUUUGUUGGAUCAAUUAGACAAAGAUAUCAACACUUUUGCUAUGAGAGUUAAAGAAUGGUACGGUUGGCACUUCCCUGAAUUGGCAAAAUUGGUUCCAGACAACUACAAGUUUGCUCAAUUGGUUUUAUUCAUUAAAGAUAAGGCUUCUUUAAAUGAAGAUUCUUUACAUGAUUUAUCCGCUAUCUUGGACAACGAUGCUGGUGUCGCCGAAAGAGUCAUCGAUAACGCUCGUAUCUCCAUGGGUCAAGAUUUAUCCGAAACUGAUAUGGACAACGUCUGUAUCUUUGCUCAAAGAGUCGUUUCUUUAGCUGAUUACAGAAAACAAUUAUACGAUUACUUGUGUGAAAAGAUGCACACUGUCGCUCCUAACUUAUCUGAAUUGAUCGGUGAAGUUAUUGGUGCUAGAUUGAUCUCUCACGCUGGUUCUUUGACCAACUUAUCUAAACAAGCUGCUUCUACCGUCCAAAUCUUAGGUGCUGAAAAAGCUUUGUUUAGAGCUUUGAAAACCAAGGGUAACACUCCAAAAUAUGGUUUAAUUUAUCACAGUGGUUUCAUCUCUAAGGCUUCUGCUAAGAACAAGGGUAGAAUCUCCAGAUACUUGGCUAACAAGUGUUCGAUGGCCUCUAGAAUCGAUAACUAUUCAGAUGAACCAACUAGUGUUUUCGGUGCUGUCUUGAAGAAACAAGUCGAACAAAGAUUAGAAUUCUAUGCUACUGGUACACCAACUUUGAAGAACGAAGUUGCUAUCCAUGAAGCUAUGGAACUAUACAAUAAGGACAAGCCAGCUACUGAAGAACCAGUUGAAUCUAGCAAACCAUCUAAGAAGAGAAAGUUAGAAGAAGAUAGUGAUGAUGAAGAAGAAGACAAGAAAGAAAAGAAGAAGGAAAAGAAGGAUAAGAAAGAGAAGAAAGAUAAGAAAGAGAAGAAGGAAAAGAAAGAAAAGAAGGACAAAAAGGACAAGAAAGAAAAAAAAGAUAAAAAGAAGAAGGAUUAA